GCGCGGCGGACAGCGUGGCGGUGGUGCCGGCAGCCCGGCGCGGAGGCCUGCCUUCCGCGGUGGCGGUGUCAUUGAGAGGCCUGAUGCCCGGCUCUAGGGCCCUCGUCCGUUACCUCGACGCCGGUGAGGACCUCUUCCACGAGAGGGUGUGCUUGUGGCCUCUGACGGAGGUGGAGUGGGUCACAGAGUCGCCCGACGGGGGCCAGGUGGCCGAGGAGCUGGUCGACGGCGACAUUGAGGAGUUCGCGGUUCUGGCGCCUGGCGGAGCGGUGCCGGCGCACGUGACGUCGCCGCGGUGCCGCUUCCGUGAGGAGGUGGGCCCGCGGGCCUUCAGGCUGAAGAUGAUGGAGGCGAAGCAGGUGGCCAGGGCGUCUACCCGCCCAGGAGACGGCGUGGUCGAGGCCCCCUCGUUCGCGCAGCUGUGGGACGGCCAGGUGGUGGCGCUGGAUGACCUCUGUUCACGCCUGGGCGACCGCAUCCUGCUGGCCGUGUCGGGCGCCCCCGUGUCUGGCGAGGCUGGCGAGGGCGCGUUGGUGCUGCGCCGGAUUGGCGCGAGCGACGUGGGCGGCUUCGCGGAGCGCAGGUGGAAAAUGAUCCCCUCCUUGAUGCCGAAGCCCUCGUCCAGCAUUGGGAAGUUGACCCAGGGCCGGGGCGCGAGCUCGACUGACCAGGUCGACGACGGCGCGCGUGCCCUUGCCGUGCUGCACGACGAGCAGGCGGAGCGCUUCCGCUCAUGGAAGGAGGCGGUGGGGAAGAUGCAUGAGAGCUUCUACGAGGACUGGCCCGUCGAGGGCCCCCGCGCCACGUUGUGGAUGGCGAAGAAUAUCGAGCGGGCGGGUGGUUCACCGAUGCAGUGGUAUCACAAGUACCCAGCGGAGAAUCGGAUCGCCGCCUCAGACCGCCUCGCGUACGAGCUCCAGGCGCUGCGCCG